ACCAUCCUUCAAGUAAGAGCUGAAGAUGGCUGCCGCGUCCUCCUAGACUCCUCCAGGAGAAAUUCUAAAGCCAGAGCCUGGGGGCAGCCCUGUGUGUCCUCCUCACCUCAGAGAACAUCUACGGAAAUUGGACACUCCGGCUCUGGCAGCCACACCCUUGACUGUUGGCCACUGUAACGCAGCCACAGAUGGUCACCAGAGCCAGGGUGCACAGAGGAUCCUGGGGGCUUACAGAACCCACAGCUCUGUCCAGACGGGAAUUUUUUUCCUGAGAACCUUCACCUGUUGCCUUCCUCUGGUGAACCUGGACUUGACCUUCCACUCUGAAGAUGAAGGGCUCCCCCACUAUCCCUCCAGCUGGUUGUCUCCUCCCUCUGCUCCUCCUGGUGUUUGCAGGAGUCUCGGGAGAAGCGUCUUGGUUUUCUGUGAAGGGACCAGCUGAGCCCAUCACGGUCCUGCUGGGGACUGAUGCCACCCUGCCCUGCCAGCUGUCUCCUAAGCAGAGUGCAGCUCACAUGCACAUCCGAUGGUACCGUGCCCAGCUCACCCCCGCUGUGCUGGUGUUCCACAAUGGACAGGUGCAGGGAGAGGUGCAGAUGCCGGAGUACGAGGGCAGGACCCAGAUGCUGGGACAUGACAUCGACACGGGCAGUGUGGCUCUGCAGAUACAGCAAGUCCAAGCCUCUGACGAUGGCCUGUACCACUGUCAGUUUUCAGAUGGCUUCACCUCCCAAGAAGUCUCCAUAGAACUUCAGGUCGUAGGUUUAGGCUCUGCCCCUCUUGUUCACAUGACAGGACCUGAGAACAAUGGCAUCCGAGUGUUGUGCUCCUCGAGUGGCUGGUUCCCGAAACCCAGAGUGCAGUGGAGAGACACCAUCGGGGACACUCUACUGUCCUCUUCUGAGUCACAGACCCUGGACAGAGAUGGACUCUUCCACAUAGAAACGUCUCUUUUGGUCACAGACAGAGCUAUAGGCAAUGUGAUCUGCUCCAUUCAAAAUCCCAUCUGGGACCAGGAGAAAUCAAAGGCCAUCCUCCUCCCAGAGCCCUUCUUCCCCACGACGUCUCCAUGGAAAGUAGCCCUGGCUUGUAUUCUCCCCAUAUUAUUGGUCAUCCUUGCUUGGACCAGCUUCGCUACCUGGAAAGAACAUCAAGUCAAAAGGAGAGAAGAAAAGCAACUGUCAAAAGAACAAUGGGAAAUGCGUCAGAUGAAGGAGGAGACAAAAAGUGCGGUGAAGGACAGAGAUGACCUCCAGACCGACCUGGAUCGGAGGAAGGCACUAUACAAAGAGGACUGGAAGAUGGCCUUGCUGUACCCCGAUGUUUGCUCUGCUCUCUUCCAGACUGGAGGAAGGAACUGUUCCAGCUGGCUCCUGUGAUGAUAGAUCAUGAAAUGCCUGACCAGAACAAAUCGGACCCAAAGACAGAAGAGAACAGAGGUGAGGGGACAGCAGAUCCGUCCGUCGACAACUCACAAGUAGAUGACAACAUCAUCACGCUCUCCCAGGAAGGCUUCAUGUUGGGGAGAUACUACUGGGAGGUGGAUGUCGAGGACACGGAGGAGUGGACACUGGGAGUUUAUGAGCUGUACACUGAGGAUGCAUCACCCACAGAAUCGAAGAAAUUCAGAGUCCUGGAAAAGAAGGGAGAUGGAUACAGGGCUCUUGCCUUCUGUUCCCAAAACAUUUCCUUGGAAGAACCUCUACAGCUGGAGACACGUCCACUGAAGAUUGCCAUCUUCUUGGAUCAGGAGGACAAUGACCUGUCUUUCUACAACAUGACCGACGAGACACACAUCUUCUCCUUUGACCAGAACACUUUCUUGGGAUCACUCUACCCAUACUUCAAACGUAAUUCCAUGGCGCUCUCUCCAACAGAACAACCCUAAGUGGUGUGCACAGGGAAUUCAAUGGACGGGUGCUACAGUACGCCAUCUGUAAGGACCUCCUGGGCAGGCACAGGGACCUAUGAGCGGGAGGCCUCUGAACCUGACAUUUCAUGGGCCUCUGGGAUCAGAUCCUGCACAAGAUUGUAGAACCAUUUGUGUUGUGCAUGGUGCUAUAAUUGUUAACGGUCUUUCUUCUUUUGACAUAAACUUGUUUAAUCAUUCUCAAGAUGAUUGAAUCCAUGGUUUUCUAAGUCUGAUAUCAACAUUUGCUCCCUGCUUAUAAACCAGUGCAUCACCACCACCAUUAUUAAUUAUAUAGGGCUAAAUAGGCUAAUUUUCAUCCAAGAGUACAGUGUAUUCUGAGCACAGACCCCCAGGGUUAUUCUUUGUUUAUGUCUAACAUACUGUAAGUCAACAGUGCGAUGGUUGGGUUUUUGUCAAUUUGACUCAGGCUCGAGUCAUCUGAGAAGAAGGACUUUCAGGUGAGGAAUUGCCUCUAUCAAACCGGCCUGUGGGCAACUCUGUGGGACAUUCUCUUGAUUGAUGAUUGAUGUGGAAAGACCCAGCCCACUGUGGGUGGGGCCACCCCUAGGCAGGUGGUCCUGGAGUAUAUAAGAAAGCAAGCUUGAGCAAGCCAGUAAACAGUGUUCCUUCAUG